AAGUAAAAUUCUAUUAUACCUUAAUUUUAAUUAAAAAUAUUAAAAACUUGGUGUGCAAUUCAAGAAACCUUUUCAAAUAAUUUUAAACGUAUUUAAAAAUAUUUUAAUACGACAAAAAAAAAAAGUCCUUUUCCUACUCCUAAAAGGCCAAAAACUAUCCACCCCACUAUAAAUACACACCACGUAAGUCUUCAAAACCUUCAUCUCAUCCAAAAAUCAAUAUCCCAACUUCUUUAAUCAAUUCCUCUCUUUGCCUUUUCCCAUCUUCUUAAAACACAAAAAUCUAGAAAAACCAAACACAAAAACCUAGAACACCAAAUCUUUUUGCUUUUGUUUUAGGUUGGAAAUUUGUUACAAUGGGUAGUUGUGAAAGACAACACAUGAACUUCCACCUCCACCUCUCCGAUCUUUUCCACCGCCACCACCGUCAUCAUCACGGCGACAACAACAAGAAGAAGGGUGUACCAAAAGGAUGCAUGGCGGUUCUAGUAGGGCAUGAAGGAGAAGAGAAACUUGAAAGGUUUGUGAUUCCAAUUAUGUACAUUAAUCACCCUUUAUUCAUCAAACUCCUUAAAGAAGCCGAGGAAGAAUAUGGAUUUGAUCAAGAGGGUCUUAUCACUAUUCCAUGCCACGUGGAGCAAUUCCGUAACGUUCAAGACGUGAUUGAUCGUGAGCACCACCGUGUGAUGAACCCUCACCAUCAUCAUCAUCACCAUCGUCGCAACAAUUUCUUGUGCUUGAAGGCUUGAUCGAUUUUCCGGUUUAUUGAAGGCGGUGGUGAUUAUCAAGAUGUAAAUUUUAGUUUCUUGAUUUGUUUUUUUUUUUGUGGGAAUUUUUAUCUUUGGGCAAGAUAAAAUUCAAGUGAAAGUGGAACUUGACUCUUGACUUGGAAGGUAUAGUUCCUUUCGGAGCUAUAAAAAGCUCUCCUUCGGGAGACACCUCCAAGGGCGAGUAGGGCUUUUUCCCCUCAAAGAGGGGUUUUUGCCUGCUACUAAGUUUCCACUUAUGUAUUUGCCCUUAUAAUAUACUUCACAAGUUUACUUUCUAUCAGAAAAAUAAAGAAAUUCAAGUGAUUAAUUGUAGUCGAUAA